AUGGAAAACGACAAUAUAACAGUUAAUAGUUACAGUGGAGAAAAAGAGGCGGAAAAUUCUCAACAGUUGAAAGCUUCUUGCUCGUCAGCCGAUGACGAUUCAUCAGCCGAAAUGUGUUCAAUUAUACCUGUUAUUGACAUGGAAAGAUGCAUGAUAUGUUUAAAUUAUACAAUUGAGGAUAUAACUCGUGCAGACACUUGCAGACAUUGUUUUUGCAAUGCAUGCAUAAUAGAAUGGGUUAAAUUGAAACCAGAAUGCCCAGUAUGUAAACGACCACCAAAUUAUUUGUGGCAUAAUUUUACCGCAGAUAAACUGGGAAAUUUCUCCUACCAUGUAAUCGAUAUGGAAAAAAUAAAAUUUGAAGCUGAGGAGAAACGUAUUCAUUCAUUAGCCAAUCGACCAGCUGUUGCUGAACGAGCGAUCUUAAUCUCAAAAAUUCGAGCUCUUCAGCGACUGCUUGAGUCAAUCGAUCUUCCAUGCGCGACAUCUCAUUUGUUAGUAGAACGGCGAAGAACAAUAGUCACUUCUUUGGCCAGUUAUCAAUUGCUUCUUGAUAAUUGGCAUCGACCAAGGCAAGAAUUGAUGGCAGAUCCAGUUUUCCGUAGAUUAGUUUAUGACUGCCAUCUAGUGCGUUUUGAAAUUACUAGAUCACAGCGUAUAGUAAUUUCAAAUACAUUUUUUAUUGAAAAUGAAAGCGAACAAUUCCCUCGAAUUUCGCGGUUUAUUCGACGAGAGUUACCUGUUGUUUCAUUUGAAUAUUGCUGCGAAGAUGAAGCAGUUCAAACUAUUUAUGGAUUAAUGAAAAAAUAUCACGUCCUUUCUCCAGCGUUUUCAGAUUCAUUGAAAAAGGAGGCCAUUAUUAGAAUGUGUUAUAUUGAUUGUUUCUGUGAAUUAUUAUAUAAAUUUGCCACAACGCAACAAACUGUGGAAGAAUUUGAUGCAAAUAGUGAAUAUGCAGAACGAACUGGUGCACAACCACUUUCAAGUGAUCAUGGUAUAUUUCCAUCUCUUUUGAAUACGAAUACGUUAUUCAAUUUUCCAAGCGGUCGCGUUUUAGCUCCAUACAAUCUUGGAGUUCGUAUGGCUCAGGUAAAUGAAGAUGACAUCCGUGAAAUUCGUCAAAUUUCUAUUCGUGACAGUUUUAUGCAAACACUGCAUCAACAGUCUUGGUCUUCUAAUUCUAAUUCAAGGGUAGAAAAUAAUCAUAGAAGAGAAUCUAAUUAUUCUCACAGUCCCAGUACAUCGCAUGGUAAUCUUUCUAGACGGAUGAAUCAAGAUGCUGAUGAUACGCUGCACCAAAAUUUAGAGUUGAAAGAAAAAAACUGUGAAAUUAAACAUAAUUCAUCAAGCGAUAUACUGAUUUUGGAUUCAGAAAAUGAAAAUAAUGGUGCGCGGUCAAAUGACGUGGUGAUUGUGGAUGAUCAGAUAAGUUCAGGCGAUGUUACAGAUUCAGAAAAUCUAAAUUCUUUUGAAACAAUAGAUAUUGAAGAUCAACCUAAUUCGAGUGAAUUAGCCGUGGAAGGACCUUCUCUAGGAGAGGAAUUGCUUGUUUUGAAUAUAUUGCCUCCUCGACGAAACUGCCCGACCACUGAUUAUCGUGAAACUAAUUUGUCAGUAAAUUUAGCAAAUUCUGAUGCGAUAGGAGACACUGGGCCGAUCAAUAAUCCUAUGACAGCUGGUACGGUAGUAAAUCAGCAAGUCGAAAACGUCGUUUGGGCUACUUGGAUUUGGAAGAAAAUUGCUUUUCAAGCGGUGGAAGCGGAAGUAGAAAAUUCUAUAAGAAAAGUCGAUCUGACGAAUGAUUAUGAUCUGACGAACAAUUAUGAGAAAUGGAAACUCAGCUAUUCUUUCCAUUAA